UAAUUAUUAAUAGUAAUUAGGGCUUUGAAUACCAAAGAAAUAGGAGUAACACCGGAUAAGUUGGAGUGAUUGUUUAUCGGAACAUUGAAGAAUUUGCUGAGCAAGUGGAAGAUGGGGGAGAAGACUUUUAAUUUAACGUGGAAUAAUCACCUGGCGAAUCUCUCGGGAUUAUUUGAGGGACUUUAUAAGAGUGGAUCUCUGACUGAUACGACACUGGCUUGUCAGGGGGGUAUGCUACGUGCACACAGACUCGUUCUGGCAGCCUGCAGUCCUUAUUUUGAGAGGGUUUUUAAGGAACAUUAUGGGGAACAGCCGAUCCUCAUUCUCAAAGGUGUUCCAAUCGAGGAAAUGGAGUGUCUCCUAGAUUUUAUGUAUCGGGGCUCUAUAAAUGUAGCUGAAGAGCACUUGCCAUCCCUGAUAAAAACAGCAACGGACCUAGAAAUUCGGGGACUCUCUGGGGACCAACGCAGCGUUGACAGCAAUAGCUACUCCAGGGUUGAAUCCAGGGGUCAGGGCUGUCAGGUGGAGACUAGAUUGCAUCAGAUGGAGUUCAGGAAAGCCCAUGCUAUUCCAUUCCUGUCGAAAUCCGGUAGUUCCCUAGUUAGUGAUGUCAAGCUGGAGGAGAUUGAGGUUGAAGAUGACCCCAUGAUCAUGGAGGGACACGAGGACAGCCUCGAGGAACCCCUGCCCCUGGCAAAAGAACAAAUCAGGCACAUACCUCCACCCAUGUUUAAACGUCACACUCGAUUCGAGGGGCAAAAACGUGGAGUUAGUCGGGUAAUGAAAGACAACGAAAGUGCAGAGAGGAGACAGGAGAGUGAAACUUAUGACAACGAAUCUGACAUUAUGAAGUCUGGAACGUUCAAUAGCAGUCAGGAUCCGACAGUGCCAGCUAUACAGAUGAAUGAAGACUCGAUGGAUCCAGGCAGAUCGAAUGGAGACUCACCGUUGGACAUAAAUAUGGAGGAAAUAACAAAAGGGCCUGACAUCAAAGAGGAAUCGGUGAUAAGUAAAACCGUAAGCAAUUCCGGUAGCACUCCGAAAGAUCGUAAAGCACAGGCGAAGAAUAAAGCACAGUACAAACCAUUUCCCUGUGAUCUCUGUACCCUGGCAUUUACCCGAGCUUCACACCUGGCACGACACCGAAGAGUUCACACCGGAGAGCGGCCCUUUGCCUGCAGUCUAUGUCCACGUAUGUUUGCACGUCAGGACAAACUGAAACAGCACUUGGACUCACAUCUCCAGUGGCCAAAGAGGAAAGCCCUAGGUAUUAGUGCAGCACAUCAGCAACAGCACCAGCACGCAGCAUCGAGUUUAAUUUGCAAAGGAAAACGUGGAAGGCCAAGAAAGGUGAACACGAGAACAUCUAUAAUUCGCGAAGAGCCGGCAGGACGUGACGACUGAAAAACCCCCCUGGGACGUCGGAUCGUGACUGCGACCGGUUUCGGUAGGACAUUCCGCGAUGGAAGAGAUCCUAAAAUUCGGAGAAUUCAGCUCGCUGCUGAAUAAAUCAUCAUAUUCAACGGGU